UUACAUUUGGAAAAAUUCAUGUAAAAUCUUGUGAGAUGAAAAUGGACAAACUAAAGGGUGUGCAAUAUAGAAGGGUAGUUAGUCAGUGGACAUUAUGAACCUUGUUUGAGUCUAGUAGGUAAUAUGACCAAUGAGCUAUUGAAAUUCAAAAAUGUAAAUAAAUAAUAAAAAAUAUUGCGAGAUAUAAAUUGACAAAAAAAUAAAUGUGUGCAAUGUGUGUCUAUGCCAUCGGGUUAAAAUUUUAGGAGUAAUGGUUAAAUAGCUAUUGAAAUUUGAAAAACUUGAUUUGUCACUAUGUUGACGGUCCAACAGGCGAAUAUCCAACCUGUAACUGUCUUUACCUCGAUUUUUUCGAUAGCCAACAGAAGUUGAAAAUAUUUGUUUGUGUAGGUAAAUAGGUCUACCAAGCAAUGGAGAAAAUAUUCAAACAAUCACUUGCAAUAUUUCUAACUAAAGAUUGCUAUUUCAAUAUGAGUAUUUUUGACGUCUUGUGAUGUUUUUGUGUGAUUUCUUGUGAAUCUGCAACACACCCAAACACUGACCUUCGUUCUAAGUCAAUUGAACGCGACUUUCCCUCCCAAGCAAUAUGGCUGCGCCCGGCGCCAAUUGAUGGUCUCACGGGGUAUAUAAUAUGAGUUCCUUGAACUUAUAUAAACCUGCGAACCACUUUGGUGGACACCAAAUGUAGAGAUUGCAUGUGGCAAUACUAUGCACAUUAAUGUCGUGGUCCUGCGAAAAGGUUUAUCAGUCAACAUGAGUGGCGCUACCCUACACAACAUGAUGAGGAUACCCUCAAUAACGGAGCUUAGGUCAUUUCCCUUCUUGUGCAGGAAAGUGUCAAACAACCCCCAUCAGCAUGGCUCCCAGAACGGGACACAAACAUCACCCGAGACCAAACUCCUGGAGAAUGAGCCCACGGAGGAAGAGCAACGGAGACCCAAAAAGAAACCGAGCGAGUGUUCUGUGCUGCUCUUCCCCGGGCAGGGGAGUCAGUUCGUGGGUAUGGGUCGCGGGCUUCUGAAAUACAGAAACGUCAAGGACAUGUUUGGCGUCGCGCAGAAGAUAUUGGGCUACGACUUGCUGUCUCUGUGCCUAGAUGGACCAGAGGAGGAAUUGAUGAAGACAGUCCACUGUCAGCCCGCAGUGUUUGUCACAUCACUGGCAGCUGUGGAGAGGCUGAACCACGAAAAUCCAGCGGCCAUUGAGAAUUGUGUGGCUGCUGCAGGAUUUAGUGUGGGAGAGUUUGCAGCCCUGGUGUUUUCUGGUGCCAUGGAUUUCGCAGAAGCCCUGUAUGCGGUGAAGGUGCGAGCAGAGGCCAUGCAGAAAGCGUCAGAGCUGAUCCCUAGCGGCAUGCUGUCGGUAAUGGGACGGCCCCAGGCUAAGUACAAACAUGCCUGUUUGCAGGCCAGGGAGCACUGCCUUAGCCUGGGCAUCAAGGAGCCCGUCUGCAGCGUGGCCAACUACCUUUUCCCCGACGAGAGAGUCAUCGCUGGCCACAGAGAGGCACUGGACUUCCUACAACAGAACUCGAGGAAACUUAACUUCCUGCGUGCGCGGCCGCUCCCGGUGAGUGGGGCCUUCCACACAGCACUGAUGGAGUCUGCCACCGAGCCCCUGAGAGAUGUCCUCAGACAGGUGGAGGUACGUCGGCCCGAGAUCAACGUGUACUCCAACGUGGACGCCAAGCGCUACAUGCAUGAGGGCCACAUGCGCAGGCAGCUGGCCAAGCAGCUGGUGUCGCCAGUGAAGUGGGAGCAGACCCUCCACGAGGUGUUUGAGAGGACCCAGGGUCAGAGCUUCCCCCACACCUACGAGGUGGGCCCCGGGAAGCAGCUGGGGGCCACGCUGCAGAAGUGCAACAUGAAGGCCUACAAGAGCUACACACACGUGGACGUCACCACCCAUGAUGACUGAGAGCAUUAUGGUCUGAGGAGUAAGACGGGACUCAUGGAUUUGUGGAGAGACUCGUAUCAAUACAGUACAGUCUACAUACUAUACAGUAUACAUCCAUUGACAAUCACCCAAAAUGAGUAAAACAGUAUUAAAGACAUUGACACACAUACAUUACCUACAGUAUACUUCCUUCAAUGUGACAGAAAUGACUCUGUCCAUAUGAACUCAUUCAAGUGACUUUGCACCAAUAAAUAAAUACCUGGUA